AGUUUUUAUGAGAUUGAACUGUAGAGGGCAUUUAGUAAAGUCAAUAAAGGGAAUAGAUAAAUAGAGGAACACGAGGAAAUCGUAAACAAGGUGAAAAUCAGAAAAUCUGGAUAUUUAUGAAACAUGGAAUGGCCAAAUGCAAUUACAGAUACUUCCAGUGAACGUAUUAAAUUAAUAAGAAAUGAAUUUUCAGAGGUUCCAUUUGAAGAAUUACAUAAACUGCAAGAGAAGUUGGGAACAAAAAUAUAUGAUAAAGCAAUGUAUGGUGAAAAAAGGAAACGUAAAAGAGAGACCUCUAACAAGUUUAGUCGGCUCAACAAAAACAGACCGCUAGAAAUGUCAUCAAAAAAGACAGUCUCGAGAUUCCGAGAAGUUAUUCCUGUAGCAAAUAAGAUUGCAAGGGAUCCAAGGUUUGAUGACCUCUCUGGUGAAUUCAAGGAAGAGGCUUUUAACCAGAAUUACAGUUUCCUUAAAGAUGUUAGGAAACAUGAACAGGAAGAAAUCUUAAAAGAAAUCAAGAGAGCCAAAAAUGCAGAAAAACAGGUUCAACUACAAAACUUAUUGCAGAGAAUGCCGAAAAGAAAAAAAUGGAGCUGACAGAACGUUACAGAACUCUGAAAGCGAAGGGAAAACUUGACACCUAUGUGGCAAAACGAAGGAAAAAGAAUGCGUCUAAACAACGAAGACAUUUUCAUAGUUAAGUUGCUUUAAUGAGUGGAAUAAAAAUGUGUAAUGCAUAAUAAUUGGUUAUUGUUUCCAAAUGAUUGGUGUUGUAACGUCAUCAGUUUUAAUAGUAAUAGUAAUAUAGAGAUUUAUACCGCAACUUUUGCCGAGGGAUACAAGGCUUGCGAUGUUAUUAUUACUACCUCUGGUCAUCAUUAUCAAACCAACACAAAGUGCAACAUCCUGCACUCCCUGGGGAGUAUUCCUAGUCGUGCGUGCAAUUUAAUGCCGAUACAGACUAAUACCCAGUACUUGCUACAUCAUCUUACUAGGUACCAAUUUAUAUUCCUGGGAGGAGUGAGGCAAACGUAAAUAAAAUGCCUUGCCCAAAGACAAAAGCAAUGCAACGAGCAUCGGCAGUUUUAUAUAAAAUAAUAAUUGAAGAUAUAUAUAUAUACUGUAUAGAGGUCAAUAGAUGAAUUGCUUAUGUUGAUUUAAUUCCAUGAUAAAAGUACUGUAAUUGGUUUUCAAAUGCAAUUUAGUCCGAGACAAUCUCUUGCCAAUAAAGAAAGGCAUGUUGCAUAUUACUCGCCUAUAAGACAGUGCUUAAAUAGCAAAUCACCAUCGAAAAACAGGGGGUCGUCUCAUACGCACGACAUACAAAUUUUAGAUUUUUCAAAUCGUUCGUUUUAUAUGUAGAUCGUCAGUAACACGCAAAUUUACUACUGCAAUGAAGCUACUGUUAGUAUGAAUUAAUACAAGUUUAAAUAUGGAGAAAUUUUUGAUAGACAUUUGAAAACUCAUAAAAUAUUACAGUAUUAUUCGUUUUUAAGCCAGCUAGAUGUAGUAUCAGGAACAUAAAUUUAAAAAAGUAGGUAUUCCGACCAUCAAACUUGGAGGUCACCUUAUAGGCUAGUACUGUAUAUACGGUAGUUUGGUUGGUAAUUGAUUUAAGGAUUUUUAAGGUACAGUAAAAAGUGCAAUCAGGGGUUCCAAGUUUGGAGAAGUCACUUCCGGCAGAUCUGAUUUUGUGAGGUUUUUUUUACUUUAGGGAGACAAUUGAUAUUUCAGUAGUAAAAUCAAGCAGACAUUGUGCAGUUGCAGGAGAUGGGUUUGUAUGCAGAUACCUACACUACAUAAAUUACCCUAUUUAUGCCCAGGGACAUUUAUCGUUGAGGGCGUUUAUUUUUUUGGAUGUAAAAUGGAUACUGAACGCACCUUAAAAUUUCACUGUAAAUGUAGAACUACAACACAUGUUUUGUGACCAUAAAGACUUUAUGAUUCAACCAUGUUAUAAAGAAUGCAAUAUAAAUGUAUUGAAAAUUGUUAUUUGAUAGGGGAAUUUAUUCAAGGCCAAGCAUUUUCUCAAAAAUAUAUAUGGUAUGUAAAUUGAUUGACACAGAAUUCAAAUGUCAUAAAGAUAACACGACAAGAUAAUGGGAAGCGCCUUUAAUGUCACAAUACUACACAGGACAACAAACAAAUCUGCCAUUGAUAUAAUUUUGCAGUAUCAACAGAAUAUGAAACAAGAUAGGAUCCAGACCUAUACCUCUGAUCUACUACAUGCAAUUUCAUAACCUUAUUUAAGUAGAACAAGUAUGCUUUGCAAUUGGAAUGACUGGGUAUCGUGCAUACACAAAUAAAGGAUUAAAGAAGCAAAAUAAAAUAUUAAAAUACAUGUUUCUACCUUAAAAUCCUUGACAAAACAUUGCGUACCAUUGCCACAGUGAAUUAUUCUCAUAUGAAUACAGCCGUAAGUGUUUGAAUACUAAUAAUAAUUAAAAUCUAAAUAUUUUGUAAUGGUAUAUUUAAAACAACUUUUUAAAGGUAUAAAGAGCAUAAUUUGGUACAGAAUUUCAAUGAGAUUCAAUUCAAAACCAAUUUACUAGUUUUUUUGUUUUCAUACUUUUAUAUGAAUCACAGACAAAAAUAUAGUGUCAGAUUGGUUAAAAGUAAAAGUUUAAUUUUUACAUUUGACCACUUGAUUUACACCAAUUCUCAAAGAGUUCUACUUGCAUCUAUUUAAUAAAUUUUGCUUGUUUAAAUAGCAGUUUACAGGAAUAUAUUUUUCUUCAGAUUUUAACACUACAAGUCGAAAAGAAGACUAGAAAAAGAUGUAAAAUAAUAGACUUGUCCUAAUAUAAAAUAAAAGCACUUUAGAUAAUUAAUGCUGCACAAAUAAUUUUAAACACCGACAAAACAUGAACAUUAUCCAUUUGUUUCAUAUUUCAUAAUUUAAAAAGCAAUGAUACAUAUGAAUACCAUAUAUUUUUGUUCUAAAUUAAUUUGCUACUGUAUAUAAUGUCAAUUUCUUAUACUCUAUUAACAAAUUGAUUAAUUAGACCUCCAGUUUAACAUUCAACAAAUACAGUCAGAUGUUAUCCAUGUUGAGGGCGCUAUACCCAAAUACAUUACACUUUAUUUACAUUGUUUUAUUUUACUGUUUCAAUCUGGACAGUUAUGUUGCCUAGCAACAUAUAACAUCACCAAGGCAAGUUGUCAAAAGUAUAAAACAAAUUAUUUUAUAUGCACUUUUAAAUUCAAACUACAGCACACUUAUAUAUGGACAGAAAGGUGCUGUUCUUCCUCUGAAUCCCUGGCAAAUUUAUAUCUCUGGCAAAAUUUUCAUCAUAAAGAUAACAGAGGAAACAAGUUUAACAAAGAAAAGUUGGAAGAUGUGAGAUAUCAGCAAAGGGAAAAUUGGAAGAUUAAACAUAGAACAGAUUUUUCCACAUUACUGAUUACAUUGCAGACCUCAAGGGAUUCCUAUUCAACAAUUUAUAUCAUAAUUCUGAACUAUAUCAUAUUCAUAAAUUUCUAGAAAUAUAAAUUAAUUGGAGCUUCUUUGGGGGACAGGAUGACAAAUCAUACAUUUAUGAAAUGUCCCGAAUCCAAACUCCAGAAGUAAAUGCAAGAAAUUGUUAGUAUUCUUUCCAGCUUAGAAUCCUGAAGAAAUUCUUUACUGUACAAUGAGUUAUCAACAAGAACAAUAGAUUGCGUAUAAUAAAUGAUGCUCUGUAUAAUGUAUCAGAAAAUAUAUCCACUGCUGGUGAAGGAAUAUACUGAACGAAUAUGCUUAUCUUUAAGGGAUAUUUCCAGUGAACACAGUAAAAAACAAAAGCGCUUGUAGAGUCUAUAAUUCUCUUUCCGUCAAAAUCUAUUCUUGUCUAGGCCUCAAAUUUAUAAAUCAUUAAAUUGUAAACUUUUAUAAACAUCGACAUAAAACUUCAAAUUUAUAUUAGAAAUAAAAUUUUUACUUGAAAUGUUUAUUGAAAUUUGCUUAAAUUUUGGUCAAAGACUAAUUUUUUUGCAUUUUUUGGGAUAGUAGUUGAGAAUACCAGACUGUUGUGAAUGUAUCCAUCAUGUGAAGGGGAAAAAGCAAACAGCUAUACAGUCAUCAGUUACUAUAAAGUCUCAAUAACUAGCAGUGCAAAUUCUAUUAAUUAUACAGAAAUUGUUUCUAUUUUAUUUAUACCAUGUCCAGUGUCAAUCAGCCACUUCUACUCUCAUUGUAACAAUGAGAAAAAGAAAAGUAACAAAAACAAAGCAAGAACAUAAUACAUAGCUGUGUAUUAAUGUCAUGUGUCCUCCUAAAAAUAUUCAUUAAAAUCUUGACAUAUAAAUUCAUUCUUCUUCACUUUAGUAAAAUAUCUAAUCUAUUAACAUACUAAAAAGAAAAAAAGUAGUAAAAAGUAAGACAAAAAAAA